CUUCAUGGCAAACAAUGAUGCCCGUUUGCCUUGCCGGAAGUCCAGAACACUAAAAGUGGUUGUCACCACCAGGCAAGCUUACCUCAACAACAUUCCUCUUGUAUUGGGAGACUACGUGCCUCAAUUGUCAAGCGUCCUAGUAGUUUGUCGAUGACUCGAUGUUCUCUCUUUUUCGGUUGACAGGAACCAUUAUGGCUUCGCUUCCAAACUCGAACUCCGCUCCUUUGGAGGAUGCCCAGAACAACGGGAUCAUCCGCGAGCCGUCUCAACAUCACGAAAAUGGGAAGGUUCGCGUGGAGGAGGACAAGCCCAAGAAAGACAAGAAGAAUAAGAGCACCAAGCGUAGCGCUGGCGCCAAAAAGCGAGGGACAGGCUUUGAAGAGUUCUACUGCGACCCGCCCAUGACACCGGCAGAACACGAGGAGGAGGUAAACCUGAUAUAUGCCCCGCAUGUUCCCUUUGUCGACCGCAUUCAGGAAUGUAUCCAGCGAUACCGCGCCCGCCGUCGCAUGACCCCCGAGCGAAGUACCUUGUUCACUAGAUACCUCCUGUUAGGCGGAAUUGACGCUACGGUGCGUCAGUUCGGGGGCGCCCAAACUCUUACGGACGAGGUCCUGGAGGAUACGAACAGGGCCGCCGUCCGAGAGAUGACAGCCAACGACGUAAUUCAGCGCGGCGGAGAUGACAGCUGCAAUCCUCGGUUCUACAACCCGAAUGAUGCUGUUCAUUGGGAUGUGGACUUCACUGGCAUUGCAGCGGGCUUUCUGUCCGAGCAUCUUCCCAAGAUGGUUGGUUCAGAGCUGGACGAUUUUCGCAUGGGCGUUGACGUGGUUUUGAACUUCCUCAAGUACGUCGAUCGCCACGACGUCUGUCCGGAAUACAUCGACGACGUCAGGGGGGCCCAGAAGAUCUGCCUACAAGCCCUGGAUGAGAUCCCAGCCAUCCAAGAAAUGUUGAAGCUCGUUCCUGGUCCCUUCAACACGGCGCUUCGGGUCCUGCACUUCAAGGAAGAAGACGACCACGCCUUGGGCUCCGAAUAUUUUAGCGACACCGCGGUUCCCGACGCCAAGUACGCCAGAAUCAGUCAUGCGGCCACCCUGUCAAUCCUCUUUGGCCCCAAGCGUUUCCGAACUGAUGCAGAGUGGGCGGUAACCGAAACGAUCGAGUACGACUUGGAGGUCCGCGAGAUCUCACUUCCCAAUGAUGCCGUCCGAGCCAAGUACACGGCCAUCAACCAGCACCUUAGCGACUAUCCAGACAUCCAGCCUUGCGGCACCGUCAUCGCUCACCCUAUUAUCAUCCGUGACGGCUGGGACAACACCACGACCGUCACUAUUCCGCCCGACGAUGACGUGGACAUACAGCUCAUCCUAGAGGAGGACAUUCUGCGCCUUCUAAAGGUGGGGAUGAAGCUGACGAUGGAGGUCUGCACACUGAACGUGGGCCUUAAGUUCAUCAAACGCGUCCGAGAGAUCAAGGCCAGCUUCUAUGUCUUCCUGCCUCAGGAGCUGAUGUUCAACUACAAGGAGCCCAUCGCAAGUGAACGUCCCUCGCGGAGUAUUCACGAUGUGGAUAACGAAGAGGAAGAUGGGGACGAUUAGGAGUUCGGGAGUCGAGAGACCUGAUGGUAUCUUUGCUAAUUUCGGGAAUGGCAAUUAGGAAAGAAAUCCAGUUGGGAAGGAUCCGUGGCCUCGAUGCCGCCUCGGCAUGGAGUUCUCA